AUGAUCAUCGGGACCUCCAUGGCCGACAUGGCCUUGCUUUUGGUGGAUGCCAGUGAAGAAGGCAAUCAAGCUGAAUUUCAUCAAGACGGACAGACUCGAGAACAUGCCCUCUUGGCAUAUACACUGGGUGUCAAGCAAAUGAUUGUUGCUUGCAACAAAAUGGAUGACAAACCAGUCAAUUACGGGGAAGAAAGAUUUCAAAAGAUCAAGGAUGAAAUCUGUGUCUAUUUGAAAAAGGUAGGAUACAAACCCAUAGUAAUCCCAUUCAUACCCAUUUCAGGAUGGGAAGGCGAUAACAUGGUCGAAAAAUCCGACAAUAUGCCAUGGUCCCACGGUCCGACUCUGUUGGAAGCACUCAACAAUCUCACAUCACCAAAACGAUCCACUGAAAAACCACUUCGUAUACCCAUACAAGACGUUUACAAGAUUGGUGGCAUUGGAACCGUCCCUGUUGGAAGGGUGGAAGCGGGAGUGGUACGGCCAGGCAUCAUAGCCAAAUUUGCACCCGUGAGUCUCACGGCUGAAAUCCAAUCCGUGGAAAUGCACCAUGAACAACUACCAGAAGCUUUCUCUGGUGACAUUGUCGGUUUCAAUGUGAACAAGUUGUCUGUGCGAGACCUGCAACGGGGAUAUGUUGCUUCGGAUGCCAAUAUUCAACCUGCCAGUGCUGUCAAGUCAUUUGAGGCACAAGUGAUUGUCAUGAAUCACCCCGGCAAAAUCUACAAUGGCUACUGCCCUGUGGUGGACUGCCAUACGCACACAUUGCGUGCAAAUUCAUUCACAUUAAGGAAAAGAAUCACAGAAGAUCUGGCAAAGUUUUGGAAGCAGAUCCUGAGUACAUAG